AUGGAAGAUCAGAAAGAGCCGCCGAUGGUGCACCGAUCUACUUCAUUUAGUAUCAAGAGUCUGCUGCUUCCCUCAAAAUGUGACAAACAGGACUCGGUGCUCCCGGAAAAAAACACUGCUUCUUCGGGGUCUGAUUCGGAAAAAUCCCUGGAUCCUGAUAUGGAAUCUGCACCUUUGGACCGGGAGAAACAAAAGGAGGAAGACGAGGGUACCUUGCGGGCGACAGAGCCUAGCAAAAAUGGGAAAUAUGAUAAACCGCCAUUCAGCUACAACGCCUUGAUUAUGAUGGCUAUCAGACAGAGUGCGGAGAAGAGGCUGACUCUGAACGGUAUCUAUGAGUUUAUUAUGAAGAACUUUCCAUAUUACCGGGAGCACAAGCAAGGCUGGCAAAACUCUAUCCGACACAACCUGAGCCUCAAUAAGUGUUUUGUGAAAGUGCCAAGGCAUUACGACGACCCGGGCAAAGGGAACUACUGGAUGUUGGACCCUUCGAGCGAUGAUGUAUUUAUUGGUGGAACUACGGGGAAACUUCGGAGACGUUCUGCUACCUCCAGAGGCAAGUUGGCGAUGAAACGUGGAAUGCGCUUCUCGCCUCUUGGUUUGGGAAUAAACGACAGGGCAAACAACCCUCUGUAUUGGCAAAUCUCGCCGUUUUUAUCAUUGCACCAUCCCCAUUACAAUGGAUCAUCAGCAGGAUUUCUGAACCAAGGGCACGCGUAUGGGUCCCUACUCCCCGGGGUGGACCAGCUGAGUAAUGGGGACCUUACGCGCCAUCUAAGUGGAUCUGUCGGUGCUCUGGGCUUGUCAAACAGUUACGGUGUAAGCACGUCUAGUCUAUUAUCCGGACAUAGUGGCUACUUUGUCUCAGGGAGUCAGCACCAGCCGCCGCAUCUCCAGCAGAGCGCGCAAGGCUACGGUGUACCCACGAGCUCCCCACAAACACUGCUCUCGGACUCACUUCGAACGUCCCUACCGUCUUUUUCACCGGGAGUUUCUAGCGGGUUUCCAGGAAUGUUGUCACAUCAAAAGAGGGUCACUCCAAAUGCUUUCUUAAAUUGA